ACCAGCUGCUCAAAGUACGGAUCAAAGUAACUCACUAAAGCCAAACAUGGAUGGACGUAUCGGGUUUGUUCUGCUGUUCUGUCUGAUUGGACUCACCUGCGCCGAGCCGGUGAAAUUUGUUGACUGCGGCUCCGCUUCUGGCAAAGUGUCCGUGGUGGACAUCAGCCCCUGCAGCUCUCAGCCCUGCCAGCUUCACAAAGGAAAGGCCUCCAGUGUCAAUGUGACAUUCAGCAGUGGUGUGGAGAGUAAAACAAGCACAGCGGUGGUUCACGGUAUCAUUGCUGGUGUUCCCAUCCCUUUUGCCAUUCCUGUGGGGGACGGCUGCAAGUCUGGAAUCCAGUGUCCCAUCCAGAAGCAGCAGACGUACCACUAUCAGACUACACUACCUGUGAAGUCUGAGUAUCCUGCGAUAAAGCUGGUUGUCGAGUGGGAGCUCCGAGAUGACAACAAACAAGACUUGUUCUGCAUCAGGUUCCCAGUUCAGAUUGUGUAACGAUGACUCAAACUAGCAAUAAUUUUUUUUUUUUAAGACCUCUUUCCCUAGUUUGCCUGACUCUGCUGCACACAUCUUAAGUACUGCUGAAAUAAAAUGAACCCCUUUUUUUUUGUGCUGUAAUCUGCCUAAUGGUCAAUUUUAAGAGUAGGGGAUGUGAAAGAGGGAAGUAUGGGAUUGUCCUUGACUUACAUUCCACUACAGUGCAAAUGUCUUACUGACUGCUGUGUAGUCAGAAGGUACAUUGCUGUACUUUCUUUACAAUACAUUUUCUAAUGUUUCUUACUGAUCUUGUACUGCCAAACCUGUGGAAUUGGAUAUUGUAAAAGAAUAUGAAACUAAGUCCUAAUAAAAAAAAAAUCUAAAGAUG